AUGAGCCUACACUUCGCCAUCUCGGUUUUCCUUGCCGACAACGACGACGACGCUGCUUUGAACGACGACAGCAACAACAUCCUUCCUGGUUCCGCCAACUCCGCGGGGACGGACGGCUUGGUCGAGGUAAUGCGCGCGCCGCCAGAGUUCCAUUUCUCUAUCAUGGUGUGCGACGAAGCGCACGUCUUGAAGAACGAGCACACUUUUACCCAUAAAAUGAUUGCGGCCCUCAAGUACGAGAGCCUCUUGUUGAGCUCGGCCACGCCUAUGCUGAAUCAUCCGAGAGACAAUCUCGCCUACCUCCGGUUGGUCUUCUGGAAACUGCCGCCGCUACCCCAGCUACCGCCCGGAACCAUACCCUCGGACCUCCGCUGA